UGCGUCCCAAGCCUUUAGACCCGCCUGCUACAUUCAGGGAAGCACGUUCACUUUUCUUUCUGUCUGUGAUCAGUCAGUAAGGCAACAGUAUCUCUCUAUUUCUCUACACUUCACUUCCAUCACUUACUACUUUCCAUCAUGAGGGAAAUUGUGCAUCUCCAGGCCGGCCAGUGUGGUAACCAGAUCGGAGCUAAGUUCUGGGAGGUGAUCAGCGACGAGCACGGCAUCGACCCAACAGGAUCCUACCAUGGAGACAGCGACCUGCAGCUGGACAGGAUCAGCGUGUAUUACAAUGAGGCCUCUGGUGGGAAGUAUGUGCCAAGAGCCAUACUGGUGGAUCUGGAACCAGGCACCAUGGACUCUGUCCGCUCUGGACCAUUUGGACAAAUCUUCAGACCCGACAACUUUGUCUUUGGUCAGAGCGGAGCAGGAAACAACUGGGCCAAAGGUCACUACACAGAGGGGGCGGAGCUUGUGGAUUCCGUCCUGGAUGUGGUGAGGAAGGAGGCUGAGAGCUGCGAGUGCCUGCAGGGUUUCCAGCUCACACACUCCCUGGGAGGAGGCACCGGCUCUGGCAUGGGCACCCUGCUCAUCAGCAAGAUCCGUGAGGAGUACCCGGACCGCAUCAUGAACACCUUCAGCGUGGUGCCCUCUCCUAAGGUGUCAGACACAGUCGUGGAGCCGUACAACGCCACGCUGUCCGUCCACCAGCUGGUUGAAAACACAGAUGAGACCUACUGCAUUGACAACGAAGCUCUUUACGACAUUUGCUUCCGUACUCUCAAACUCACAACACCCACCUACGGCGACCUUAACCACCUGGUGUCAGCCACCAUGAGCGGCGUGACCACCUGCCUGCGUUUCCCCGGCCAGCUCAACGCUGAUCUGAGGAAACUGGCCGUCAACAUGGUUCCUUUCCCUCGACUCCACUUCUUCAUGCCCGGCUUUGCCCCUCUGACCAGCAGAGGGAGCCAGCAGUACCGCGCCCUCACAGUCCCUGAGCUCACUCAGCAGGUGUUUGACAGCAAAAACAUGAUGGCAGCGUGCGACCCUCGCCACGGACGCUACCUGACAGUAGCCGCCGUGUUCCGUGGCCGCAUGUCAAUGAAGGAGGUGGAUGAGCAGAUGUUGAACGUCCAGAACAAGAACAGCAGCUACUUCGUCGAAUGGAUCCCAAACAACGUGAAGACAGCCGUGUGCGACAUCCCGCCACGUGGCCUCAAGAUGGCCGUCACCUUCAUCGGCAACAGCACGGCCAUCCAGGAGCUGUUCAAGCGCAUCUCUGAGCAGUUCACCGCCAUGUUCCGCCGCAAGGCCUUCCUCCACUGGUACACCGGCGAGGGCAUGGAUGAGAUGGAGUUCACCGAGGCGGAGAGCAACAUGAACGACCUGGUGUCCGAGUACCAGCAGUACCAGGACGCCACGGCCGAGGAGGAGGGGGAGUUUGAGGAAGAGGUGGAGGAGGAUGCCUGAAGCGGGAAAAAAAAAAAGCAAGCAAGGUGUGAUGAAGAAUUAAACAACCAAAAAGAAGAAAAAAAAACUGAAAAAGAAAAAUGUGAUUGAAGGAGUGGAGUGGAAAGAAUAAGGAGGUCUUGUUGGAGAAGACUGGAGGAUGAAAUUUGGAAAUGAUUGAUCGUAACAACAGAAAGAUGUGAGGCUGAAAGUAGGCAGAGAGGUGAGGGAGAGGUGGGAUGAAAACCAGGUUAAGAAAUACCAAAUUAUGUGCCAUGUUUCCUGAUAAUUGUGACAUCAAAACAAAUCUAUCUUUCUGCAAAGUCUCAAACCAGACACAGAUCAGUUUAACUUCACUUCAGCAUGUUUAUUUUCUUUUGCGGUGACAGGAAAGUAAAUCAGGAAAGAAUUCAGCAUCCUUUAGACUGUGAAGUUGAUUCCACUAAAAAGAAUAUUAAAUCACUGAUUUUCAAAUUCAGUAUUUCGCACCUGGCUAUUCAAGCUUGUUAUAUGACUUUACCUCCUGCAUUAAACACGAUUUAACAUCCA